AUGCUAGGUAAGGCUGAGGAGUUGCUACAGGAUAGGGAAGUCGUUAUUUCUAUUGCUCAGCAAUUGCUACCAAGGGAUUACCAGAUAUUACAGCUUACCAAUAAGUUUGUAUCGAGCGCAGUAAGUAGCAAAGAUCAGGAAUACUGGGCGUGGAAAUUAAGGCAGAUGGGACUUGAGGAAAGUAAUAUUGAGGCUGAAUCUAGCGGCAUGCCUGCAAAUGCUGUGUUGUAUUUGUUUGAUGAAAUUCGUGUGUUCAAACCCGAGAGUGCUCGUGAUGUGUAUAAGAGAUUUCAUACUUGCUUCUGGCCAUUCAUGAGCAAAUUGUAUGCGAAGAGGCUGGAUGGUAUAUUUCCUGUUGAGUAUAGUGACCCUUUGCUGAAGGCGAGAAUGCUGGGUAACCUGCAGAGGUUCAAUAGAUGUAACAGCAAUUGCCGUGUAUUCUACGAUGCAGUCGAACAGGUAAUUCAAACCUUGAGGGAUGAAUUCAAGGCGGAUGUUACGAAGGAGUUGGAGCGCCUCUACGAGCUCGGGGCCUACACAGGUGCUUCUAUGUAUGUUGAUGUGUUGACGAUUCUGGGUGAGCAGCAUGUUGCGGUGGACCUAUUUCUGCAGAAGAGCAAGUACCAAGAUGGUGGGAUUAUGAAGGAGACUGGGGUGUUUGAUUUGGGGAAAGGCAGCAUAGAUAUUGAAGCACUGAAUGCCGUUUACAAGCAUUUUGUGUCUGAAUUGAACAAUAGGAUUAUGGUUGCUGAUUCGAUGUUUGGGUCGAAAUGUGCAGUGAUAGAUUCAUUUGGCGAGGCGUUUUUGGAAGAGGUGGUAGUGGGUUACGUGAAGGAGAUCAUGGAAGGUGAGGUUACGGGAGACACUGGCCCGUUUGGUAUUUCGCUGCGUUUGGAGUUUUUCCCGAUCGUGUAUCGGCGUUUAAUGGAAGUGCUGGCCGCCGAUGUGGCGGACAGCACUUCCGCAAGUCCAGAUUUUAAGAGAAAGCUGCUGCAGGCUGCAGCGUCGCUGCUGCAGCCGGUGGCAGAUAGGUAUCGCGCGGUGGUUGUGCAGCAGUUCGAAGCCACUUUGCGGAAGGAACUGGAGCGGUUUGCAGACGAGACGCAGCGACGUGAGGCGCUGCGUAAUGAGAAGCUGUAUCAAUCCUUGCGCAGUAAAGUUGACUCGCAGCAGUUGCUGGACGAGAAGAACAAUUUCCUAAUUUCUUUCACUCGCAUGCUGAAGCUGUCAGCUUCAGCGCGGCAGGAGGAAGAGCAGCUGCAGUUGGCAUACGACUUCUCGCGCCUCAAUGAGAAUCUGGAGAACAUGGCCGCUCUAGUUUCUGUCGACCUUUGCUACCAGAGUGUCAAUGCAUGUCGCCGUCGCUUCGAGAUCCUUGAGCAGUUGCGCGGCGACGCGGCAGUUGCCGCGGACGGCGCCAUCUCGGCCACUUGCGAGGCGUUGUAUCGCGUGCUGCUGGAGCGGCUCGCGCAGGAUCACGUCCGCCCUGGCUUCGAGCGCGCGCUGGAGCUCCUGCGCGCGUACAACCCGCAGGACAUGUCGAAACUGGAUGCCGCGCUCGGCCCUGCCGAGCGCGAGCUCGAGCCGCUCAUCAAGUUCGUGGAGCUUAUUAACAUUGCCGAUAUAAUCCUUCAGAUGGUCACUAUUUUCUACAACAACGAGUUGGUAGGAAAGAACGUCGUGGCGCGCCACGACGACUUUCUCAGUGCUGUCGUCCACGAGAAGCGUUCUUUUGAAACAGCGCUGGAUGAUUUUGUUGCGGAAGGAUUAAAUAUUGGUAUUAAUAAGUUAAUGGAUGAGAUUGUAUUUGUAUUUGGGUCGAACCAAUUACCGGAUGACUUUAACCCAGAAGCGGGUAGUGUUCUGAAGCGAGAAAUUAAGCCAUCAAAAUGUGCGAGAAUGAUUGUAGAAUUGCUGUCGAAUCAUUGUUUUCUAUUGACAGGGGCGACAGAUAAGGGGACAAUUGAUGUAUUCCAGCAGGAAGUGGGGGAAAGAUUUUUUAACGAAGUUGUCAAGAACAUCAAAAAGAACAUUAUAUCUACCGAAGGGGCAAUUUUUUUGAUAUGCGAUUUGAACUACUAUUAUGAUUUUAUCGCGAACAAUUUAAGGCAAAAACAAAUUGUUCCCUUGUUUGCAGGGCUAAAAGCGGUAGGGCAAAUAUUUUUGGUGUCAAACAAAGAUUCUAAAGAACUAGGCAAAAUGAUAUGCGAUGUAGGGAAGUUCCAGGGAAUUUUCACGCAGGAGGAGAUAUACGAAUUUGUUCAAAGAAGAGCUGAUUGGUCACGUGUGAGGAAGGACGUCGAAAGAGUGAUGUAUGGAUUAGCUGUUAGUGAUUGUAUAAUUAUGUAG